AUGUUCAAUUUUUGUUAAAGCAAUUUACCCUACAAUCAGAUCAACAUACAUGUAAGAGAUAUGAUAGAUGGCACUGUGUUGUUUGCAACUACUCUGCUACAUGUGUUAAGGUGUUAUGUUACUUAGUUACAAAGAUGA